AGAUGUGUGUGGCAGUGACUGAGCUGUGCUUGCACUUUUUAAUUAUUUUUCCAGACUGACGAUCGCUUCGUGCCGAACAGAGACGUUCUCGUGCCGACUUGGGUUAAUUCAGUGAGUGAAGCCGCGGUGAACAGUUCAUUGGCACUGGCUAGUAGUAGGCGGCGCGUGCAGUGAAUUACUGCAAAUUAGUAAUAAGCCAUUUCGCCUUAACUCCUUUUUUUGUGAUUCAAUGCGGUGGUAGUGUUAAAAUUGUUUCAAAAUGUGUUCCACGAUAGUUUUAGCGCAAUUUUUAGUAUUACUUUUGGCAUGUGUGAGCCAUCUGUGCGUGGGUGAAGAAAAACUCCCAGGGAAGGCACCCCUCGUGUUCACGGUAGCGAGUAAUGAGACCGAAGCAUAUCUGCGUUACAUUCGAUCUGCCAAACGUUACGGAAUUGAGGUGACCACCCUCGGACUCGGAAAGCCAUGGCAGGGUGGUGACAUGAAGAAACUCGGCGGCGGCUACAAAAUCAAUCUGCUGCGGAGCGCGUUGAAACCAUACAAGUCGGACGACGACCGGAUCGUACUUUUCACCGAUAGCUACGACGUACUUUUCCUUGCUUCGCUGGAGAAAAUUGUGGAAAAGUUUGAAACAUUUGAAGCGUCGAUUCUGUUCGGUUCGGAGGGUUUUUGUUGGCCAGAUCCGGAGUUGAAGAACAAGUACCCGGUGCUGGAGGGCCGGGGGACGAGGUUUUUGAACUCUGGACUGUUUAUGGGAUACGCAUCGAAGGUGUAUCAGAUGCUGAAGAAUCCGGUUAAGGAUACGGACGAUGAUCAGCUGUACUACACGAAGAUUUACAUCGAUCAGCAUUUGAGGGAGGAGCUUAACAUGAAACUGGACCAUACUGCGGCCUUGUUCCAGAACAUGAAUGGAGUUGAGGAGCAGAUCACUCUUGCGCUUGACCCAGACAGUAAGGAAGCAUUUUUGAAAAACACUGAAUACUCAACGAAUCCUCUGGUCGUGCACGGAAACGGUCCGAGUAAGAUAACGCUGAAUGGAUAUGCCAACUAUCUGGCGGGAGCCUUUGUCGAUGGAGAAUGCCAAACGGUUAAGGAGAAUUUGAUCGAGUUGGACGAAGAGAACCUUCCGACGGUGAUGGUGGCGCUGUUUGUUGAGAAAGCGACUCCUUUUAUCGAAGAGUGGUUCGAGACUGUCGCCAAGUUGAACUAUCCGAAGCAGAAGAUGGAUGUUUUCAUUCACAACAAUGUCGAUCACCACAAACCAACUAUCGAUCAGUUUAUAAAGCAAUACACGAAGGAAUACCGUUCAUUCCGUAUGGUGGACUACAGCGAAGAUUUUGAGGAGCUUGCGGGUAGAUCGUUGGCCGUCAAUCAAUGCCUUAAGAAGAAGUGCGACUACUUGUUCGUUGUCGAUGCGGAUGGUCACAUUGACGAUCCGGACACGCUGCGUCGGUUGAUCACGCUGAACAGGGACAUCAUUUCGCCGGUGCUGACCCGUCCGGAGAAGGUUUGGAGCAAUUUCUGGGGCGCUCUCAGCAGCCAAGGCUUUUACGCACGAUCGAGUGACUACAUGGACAUUGUCGGGAGGAAAGUUUUGGGAUUGUGGAACGUUCCGUUCAUAUCCACGGUUUACCUUGUGAAGAGCUCGGUCCUGCCAGAGUUCAGUUACGAGCUCACCAACACCGAUCCCGAUAUGGCGCUAUGUUGGCACAUGCGUGCCAAGGGAAUCUUCAUGCACGUGGUCAAUACGGAGCAGUUUGGACAUCUCAUCGACAGUGACUAUUACGACGCCAACCGAACUCACCCGGAUUUCUACCAACUGUUCAACAACAAGUACGACUGGGAGCGAAAGUACAUCUCCGCUGACUACCAUAAACAGCUGGAAAAGGACUUUGUUCCGGUGCAGCCGUGUCCGGACGUUUACUGGUUUUCGAUUGGCACGGAAAAGUUCUGCGACCAUCUGCGUGAAAUCGUGGAAGCCUUUGGCAAAUGGUCCGACGGCACCCACAGCGAUAAACGUCUUCAGGGAGGUUACGAGGCGGUCCCAACGCGAGAUAUCCACAUGAACCAAGUCGGACUCGAACAGGUCUGGCUCAAGUUCCUCCAGCUGUAUGUAAAACCCCUGCAGGAGAAGGUCUUUAUCGGAUACUUCCAUGAUCCGCCACGUUCCCUGAUGAAUUUUGUGGUGCGCUAUCGGCCGGAUGAGCAACCCUCUCUCCGACCUCACCACGACUCGUCCACGUACACCAUCAACGUUGCACUCAACACUGCCGGAGUCGACUACGAAGGCGGAGGUUGUAAAUUCCUCCGCUACAACUGCUCCGUGACGGACACGAAAAAGGGCUGGAUGCUGAUGCACCCGGGACGACUGACGCACUUCCAUGAAGGGCUACUCACCACCAAAGGCACGCGCUACAUUAUGAUUUCGUUCGUGGAUCCGUAAACCACGUGCGGUUGUACGAUUUCCCAAAAUCAACCAGAGAGUCAUUUUCUUUGAACUUUUUAUAAUCAACACAUAGAGAAUCUCGCUUAAUUUAGAGACUUUUUUAAAAUAUUUUAAAUGUGCCAUUAAUUGUGUGUUAAACAGCACAACCCGUCUUGCUUGAUUGAUUUUGAGUGUAGAAAGUGACGAACAAACUGUGAAUUUUUCAGCAACAAGUGAAUACAUGUCAUGACAAUA